AUGGCGCGGCGGCGCCGCCGUCGCGCGCUCGGCGGCCGCCCGGAGCUCCGCCUGGCCUACGGCGCGCGGGCCCGCCCGCUGGGCCGCGCCAUCCUCGAGCUCCUGCCCCCGCCGCCGCCUCCGGGGACCCCCUGCCCCGCCUGCCGCGGCGCGGCCGCCGGCUGCCUCGCGUGCCGCCGCUGGGCGCACCUCCUCCGCGCCGACGACCCCGUCGCGUACCGCCGCCUCGUCACCCGCGCCGUCUGCGCCGUCCAGCAAGCCCCCGACGCGCCGCCGCCGCCGCGGUACACCCCGGGGAACGCCGGCCACUCGCAGGCCCAGCUCGUCCGGGAGACGACCAAGUGGAUCCUGGCGGACCGGUCCUGCAAAGCCACCAACGUCCUCUGCAACGGCAUCCGUGAGGGUGGCCUGGGUAAACAUGCCAGUAACCUUGUUUCUUCUUCAUCCUGGGAUAUUCUUUUGCAUAGAGUUGGGGAUCUUCUCAUGUGCUAUAUUCUGAGGCACUCGUCUGUCUUUUUGCCCGUUAAAAAAAGUGAUUAUAUUCAGGUGACUGGUGUUCCAUUGAACGUUGUUCUGCAAAAACGUAUAUCCACAAGCAUGGCAGCGAGAAAUAAACAAUCCAGAUCCAUAAAAGCUAAAUGCCCCACGUGCUAUGCGUGGCGCAAUGCACAGAUGGUACAGAAUAUAUCUGGAGGCACCGCCAGCUGUUCAAAAGCUGAGUUUUACAGCUCAGAUAACACUCGGAAAGUUGAUGCUCCACCAAGUUCUGGAAGUUGUGAUGCUGUAGGAACUAUAAAGCCUAAAUGUUCAGGUGAUGGAUGUAACUGUUUCAAUUGCUUUACCCAGAAGCCUAGGAAAAGAAAAAGGUUGUACAGUUGGCAACGUCGCAGUAAGCAGAAGCAGGUGUGUUAUGAAGAUGGAUCAACAGAGUUAAGUAAAUUAAACAAGAGUAACCAAGCUGCUGAAGUGAAGAAUAAAAGACACUCCUUGCAGCCCACUGCAGACAACACUUCUCUUGGAGCAAACAAUGGUAAUAAUUUUCCACAAAUCGAAGAACCAGGCAAUGUACCUGUCCUGUCAGCUCAGAAGUCACGCAGUUCUGUGUUGGAUAUUAUGCCUUCCCAGGGUGGUUACAAUACACCAGGAAACCAAUCUACAAGGCCCCAGAGUGGUUCUGUCUGCUUCCAUUGCCUAAUGUUGAAUGCUUCAAAAUGUGUAUCAGUAGACUCUCCCAUAAGAAGACAUGGUAUUUUCUAUAACAAAAGAGUAUCCAAGAACGUCUUUCAUCGCAACAACUUCACUAGUAAAAGGAAAGGAACAGAUGGACUGUUUGUUAUAAAGCGCAUAUUUGGAAUCAAGGAGUGCUGCAUAAACUUCUUCCAUUGCGAUUGCGAUGGAUCUCCCACAAGAAAUUCUAAUUGCCUGUGUCACUGGCUGCUUCAGCAAGUGAAAAGCCUCAUAAGGAAUUCGAAACGCUGUCAGUAUAAAAAACUAUUUAUGAAGCAUUGUUCUGCCAAGUCUAAGGUUGCAGAGGAUGGGUUCCCUUCAGAUAAUGUGGCCAACGAAGGAAGCAUACAACAUUCAAUGGGAGGAAAAUCAGCAUGUUCUGAUGGAUCUUUUGCUCAAUUGGAAGCUUACAGUACACAUCAGCAAGUAGUAUCCUUUGUCUGGGCAGUGUUGACACGAAUCAUUCCACAGCCUUUGCUUGGCAAUCCUUCUAGUAAGAGAUCUUUAAGGUUAAACAUUUGGAAGUUUAUAAGUUUACGAAGGUUCGAAACAUUUCAAGUAACUGAUUGUAUUGGUGAGCUGAAAGUAUCAUAUUAUUCUUGGCUAUCAAAAAUUGGAUACACUAGUUGCUCUUGUUUAGUACCAAUGAGAAAAUACACUGAGGUAUCAAGUGGCAUGGAGGAGCAGAGACAGAACAACCUCUUGCACUGUUGGAUUAGCUGGUUAUUUUCUGAUAUUGUGAUACCAUUGAUCAAUACAUACUUUUAUGUUACAGAAAGGGAAACAAAGCGAUAUGAUGUUUUCUAUUAUCCAAAGUCAGUUUGGAGGAAUCUUACUAGCAAUGCUAUUGCUUCAUUACAUGCGCAGAGUUUCAGGACUCUGUGUGGUACAUCAAGGAGAGCAAUAAGACAUUUGUACCGCUCUUCAACAGUGAGAUUUCUUCCAAAAACAAAAGAUAUGAGACCAUUAGUAAAUUUUAAAGCUCAAUCAAAGGAUGUCAUUCUCAGUAAGUGUCACUUAGUUUUAAAAAAAGUAAGGGAUGAGAAUCCAGAGAUGUUUGGUUCUUCUGUUUUUGACUACGAUAGUAUCUACAAAAACCUCUCCAGUUUUAUCUCUUCAGUAAGAACACAGUUGAAGGAGCUGAAGGUAUAUAUUGUUGUUGCUGAUGUAUCCAAGGCAUUUGAUUGUGUUAAUCAUGACAUGCUACUGAAAAUUAUGGAUGGUGUUCUGAAAGGUGAUGAGUAUGUCCUGAGGAAAUGUAAGAAAGUAAUAUACAGUAGUUCUAAGAAUGCGGUCUACCGCUUUGAUUCAAAUGUUGCUGUUAGCAACGGAAACAGUAGCCAUGAUUUCUCAAUUCAGCCAUCAUCAGGUGGUGGCAUUCUUGUUGAUCAGGGAACUGUUAGUACAAUCCGGAAGGAAGAUCUUCAGCGUGUCCUUUUUGAACAUGUUAAGUGCAAUAUUCUGAAGAUUGCCCAAAACUUUUACUUGCAACAAGUAGGAAUUGCUCAAGGAGACAAGUUAUCUCCCAACCUUUGUUCUCUGUACUAUGGCCACCUUGAAAAUUCCGUGCUAUUGAAUGUUCUUCAUGAUGGAAAGAUAAAUUCAGGAGAGGCUGUUUCAGCACCAGAAUAUUUGCUGAUGAGGUUCAUUGAUGAUUUCAUGUUUAUCUCUUUCUCAAAGAUGCAUGCUUUGAACUUCUUUAAUAGGUUGAGAAGAGGCUUUGUGUACUACAACAGCUACAUGAAUGACAGAAAAUAUGGUUUUAACUUCAAUGUUGGAAGUAGUGAGCAUUGCAAUAAUAGACUUUACAAGGGUGAUGAUGGAGUCGCUUUCAUACCAUGGAGUGGUUUACUUAUAAAUUGCGAAAAUUUAGAAAUUCAAGCAGAUUAUACAAGGUAUUCAGAUAUCAAAAUCAUGUCCACGAUCACUGUGAAUAUGCAUUCUUCCAUGAAGGAUCUUAGCAGCAAGCUAUCCCAUUAUAUGCGUCCGAAGUGUCAUCCCAUUUUCUACGACUCCAACAUCAACUCGCCAGGAACCGUAAGACUGAAUAUAUACCAGGCCUUCCUAUUAUGCGCAAUGAAGUUCCAUUGUUACAUCCGAAACCUGCCGUAUUCCAGCAUGAGCAAACCGGAGGUGCUGCAUAUUAUCAAGAGCAGCUUCAGAUACAUGCACAGUCUCAUCAUCAGCCGCAUGCAAGGUGUGGAGCUGCAAUCCAAUGUUCGCCCGGUUCUAAAGCUAAGGCGUAAAGAAACCACAUGGCUUGGACUCUCUGCGUACAUCCGUGUUCUUCAGAAGAAGCACUCGUGUCACAGGGAUCUGUUGGCACUGUUGAUAGCAGAGGUUGGGGGAUAUGGCUGUAUGGACCGCGAUUCUGACUGUUUGCGCUACGCUGUGGAUGAUUCUCAUUCUUCGAUGUUCUGGAGGUUCAGAUAUUAGAAGGAAACUUGAGGGGCCUGACUCCUAAGCAUUGCAGAGAACCCUGGUGCGGGGACAGUUUUAGCGAGAUGUGGCUUAUAUGCAGAUCCACCAGUAUUAUCAGGUUGGAGGUGUGAAAAGCUAGUUGUGACUUCUGAAGUUGCAGUCCCUCCCAUCAGGUUUGC